AAAAGCUUAAAAGUGGCCAUUCCCAUCUAUCUCCUCCUCCACCAUUCUUUCUCAAAACUUCAGCCUAAUUCAGCUAAAAUGCCACAGUCAUCUUUGCCACCAACGCCGCCAUCUGCGAUGGUCAUUGUUAUCUUCUUUCUCUCUUCCGCCGCUUUGCUUUGUGAAUCGAGGUUAAGCUUAGAUUACUAUUCCAAAACCUGCCCCAGUUUCAACAAAAUCAUGCAGGAAACCAUAACCAACAAGCAAAUCACCAGCCCCACAACGGCCGCCGGAACGCUCCGCCUUUUUUUCCACGAUUGUCUCCCCAACGGAUGCGACGGUUCAAUUCUCAUUUCCUCCACCGCAUUCAACAAAGCCGAACGCGACGCCGACAUCAACCUCUCCCUCCCCGGAGAUCCCUUCGACCUCAUCGUCCGAGCCAAAACAGCCCUCGAGCUCGCCUGUCCGAACACCGUAUCCUGCUCCGACAUCGUCGCCGUCGCCACCCGUGACCUCGUGACGAUGCUCGGCGGAUCCUAUUAUAACGUCUACCUGGGUCGUAAAGAUUCACGGUCAUCAUCGGCAUCUUCGAUAGAAGGGAAGUUGCCGAAACCCAGCAUGGGUAUGCCACAACUCAUCAACCUCUUUGCUUCGAGUGGGUUCACUGUUCAAGAAAUGGUGGCCUUAAGCGGCGCACACACGAUCGGCUUCUCUCAUUGCAAAGAGUUCAGCUCGAAUAUCGGCAAUGAUACCCACUACAAUCCCAGAUUCGCUCAAGCAUUGAAACAAGCUUGUGCAGGUUAUCCAAAUAACCCAACACUCUCCGUUUUCAAUGAUAUUAUGACCCCCAACAAGUUCGAUAACUCGUAUUAUCAGAAUUUGCCAAAGGGUUUGGGGCUUUUGGAAUCAGAUCAUGGAUUGUACAGUGAUCCAAGAACAAGGCCGUUCGUGGAAUUGUAUGCAAAGGAUCAAAACAAGUUCUUUCAAGAUUUUGCAAAAGCCAUGCAGAAGCUAAGUGCUCAUGGGAUCAAGACUGGGAGGAGAGGAGAGAUUAGGCGCAGGUGUGAUGCUGUUAACUAACCAUUUUUAGCUUGUUAAUUAUAAUCUGAGGUUGCUAAGUUAAAGUUUGGGUUGAUUUGAAAUCAUUUGAUAAAUAUUUAUACUUGUAUUGGUUUGUAUCAAUUGUUAUAUCGCCAGGCUUAAAUUUGUAUACAUAAUUACUUCAUUCUGUU